UUUCUAAAGUAGAAAAAGUAAUUCUUCUAUGCAGCUCCUCUCGAAGCCGAUAUCCGGCCAUUCGUGGCUUCAGAAGAAUAAGACGAUUGCGUUAUCGUCUCUUCUGGCUGCUGCUGCUGCUGCUGCUUACCAGACCCAGCGGACAAAACGCAAGUCCACGAAUGAUGGGGUACUCGAAGAAACCACUCAGGACGUCUUUAGACGACACAAGAAAAUAUUCCCAGUGUCCGAUCUAAAUGCCAAAGUCGGCGUCAACAAUGAGUUUAAGCGACAACUCAAAGCCAUUGCGACCAUCAUCUUUCCUCAUUGGCACACCAAAGAAGCUCUUUUGUUGAUCCUUCAUUCCGUUUUCUUGAUCCUAAGAACAUAUCUUAGUGUUGUUGUAGCGCGUCUAGACGGUCGUAUUGUCAGAGAUCUGGUUAAUGGAGAUGGUAAAGAAUUCCUCAAAGGAUUGGGAUACUGGUUUGCAAUCGCCAUUCCUGCAACAUACACCAACAGUAUGAUUCGUUAUCUCCAAUCCAAAUUAUCUAUUGGCUUCCGUACUCGGUUGACACGUUACGUUCACGACCUUUACCUUGAUCCCCAACGCACCUUCUACAAGGUUAUCAAUUUGGAUGGUCGUAUUCAAGGAGCAGAUCAGUACAUUACAACAGACGUAGCAAAGUUUUGCGACACACUUGCUUCUCUGUACUCCAAUCUCGCCAAACCUAUGCUUGAUACCCUCAUCUUCAACUACCAGCUCGUUAAAUCCAUCGGUGUUGUUGGUACCUUUGGUCUUACAGUCAAUUACUUUGUCACUGCUCGUCUCUUGCGUGCUGUAACGCCAUCUUUUGGAAAACUGGCUGCUAUUGAAGCCAAAUUGGAGGGUGAUUUCCGUGCUGCACACACCCGACUGAUUACAAAUGCAGAAGAAAUUGCAUUCUACAACGGAGCAAACCUAGAGCACUCUAUCCUUGAUAGAGCAUACACUCGUCUAAUCAAACACAUCAACACUAUCUACAAGAUCAGAAUUAGCUACAACAUGUUUGAAGACUUUUUGAUCAAAUACGCUUGGAGUGCAUUUGGUUUGGGUCUGUGCUCUAUCCCUGUAUUUUUACCAGACCUGGCCGGUCAGCGUUCUGUAGCUGCUGCUGCUGCCUCUGAAGGAUCGGAUGAAAAUGUAAAGGUUGGAUCACACACCCGUGGAUUCAUUACCAACAAGAGAUUGUUAAUCUCGCUGGCAGACGCAGGUGGAAGAAUGAUGUAUUCUUACAAGGAGUUAGCAGAAUUGGCAGGUUACACAUCGCGUGUUUAUGGUCUCCUGUCUAUUCUGCACGCACUUCAUGCAUCGGAGUACGACGGACCCGAGGAUGCUCGUCGUUUUGCCCUCACAAACAUCAAGGGAAAAGUCGAGCUAGGCAUAGACGGCAUCAAAUUCGAUAAGGUUCCUAUCGUUGCUCCUUCAUCAGGACCAGAUAACGUAGGCGAACUGUUGGUGAACGACUUGACACUUGAUGUCCAGCCCGGAGAGCAUCUCAUGGUGACGGGUCCAAACGGUGUCGGAAAGACUGCAGUUGCUCGCGUCAUUGCUUCUUUGUGGCCUGUGUUUGAGGGAAAGCUUUCUAAGCCCUAUGACAAGGAUAUCUUUUAUAUUCCUCAACGCCCUUACCUCAGCCUUGGUACUUUGAGAGAUCAGGUCAUUUAUCCUCAUUCUUAUGAAGACAUGAAGAAGAGUGGACGGACAGACAAAGAACUUAUGGAGAUCUUAAAGGUUGUUCACUUGGCCUAUAUCCCUGACCGUGAAGGUGGAUGGGAGACUCAGAAGGAGUGGAAGGAUGUAUUUUCUGGUGGAGAGAAGCAGCGCGUUGGAAUGGCACGAUUGUUUUACCAUCAUCCCAAGUAUGCUGUACUUGAUGAGUGCACUAGUGCUGUUUCUACUGAUGUUGAAGGUCUCAUGUACGCACACGCCAAGGACAUGGGAAUCACUCUAUUGACAAUCUCUCAUCGUCCUGCCCUAUUCAAGUACCACAAGCACAUCCUUCGACUAACAGGUAACCAAGGCGAGUGGGAAAUGGAAGCCAUUGGUACCAAGGAACAAAAGCAGUCGAUUGGAAAAGAGAUGCACUCGCUUGAGGCUAAGCUUAAGGAGGUUGAAUCUCUCAAGGCUCGUCUGAUUGCCAUUGAUAGUGAGUUGAGUCUAAAGGUCUAAAGAAAGUAUAUACAUUAUAGUAUAUUAUUUUUUCUGUUCCUUUCUAUUUAUCCUAUCUAUAUUUCUAUCUCUACAUCUUCUACAUCUACCUCUUACUCUCUAUACCUACCUAUAUCAAAAAAUAUCAGACAAUACAAUCAAUACAAGUAUUUGCUUUUUAUCCGUGUAAACAAAUCAGACCUUAUAUAUCAAUUCCACCUCUUUUUCUGUCUCUU